UGAGUUCUCUGUCAGUCAGCUCUCCUAUGGCAGGGAAACGAUUGAAAGUGACACGGAAUGAUGGUUCUGUUCGAGACGAUAUAUUUUAGAUGUUAGCGAGGCAAACUGUAUAUUCAUUACAUGUGUUACCACAACAAUUUUUGUCUUCUUUCAGCUUGGUGCUUUGGCUGCUCGGUCAUCGGUGGACAGUUUCGCGUAUCUGAUCCUUUAUCCUUGUUCCAUUUGGUGACGAUUCGAGUGCAACCCGGAGGACACUGAGCUUUGAUCAAACGGACUAGUUAAAUGCUACAGUACUGCGGAGAAAGGACAGAGUAAACCACCGGCUUCAUGCGUGGCUGCUGAAGACGUGUGCCUCGCGAGAAAGUCUUGCUUCGCGCGCUCUCUCUUUCUCUCUCUUCUUUUCACCACCCUCAGAUAUUAUCAAAGACACAUGCAGUCUGUCCUCUGCUAUCUCCUUUCUCUUGGACACGCUCUCUCUCCCACGCUCCUUCACAGCGCCUAGUUCAUAGAAGUGUCAAGCGUCAAAGUCAGCCGAUCUGAGCCUGCCGCGGAGCAGCAAGAAACCCAGCCCUGGAUUCAAUACUUUUGAUCAAUGGACAGAGUCCUCUCAACGGCCAGUCGAGGUACAGGCACGCCGUAAACAAUCCAUAUCCUCUGGCUGGAGUGCCCCCUGCAGUGUGGAGGGGAAUGGAGCGCGGUGGUGAGAGUCCCCGCUUGCGGGACAGUCCUGAGCGGAGAGGGUGCAGCAGCCCCGACCUCAGCGGCCCCCCACCAGGAAAGAUGGGGCGCCUGGAGCUCAACGGGAGCCCCACGGGUCCCCGCGGGCGCCACAAUGGUGCCACCCAUAGGCCUCUGGGAGGUCUGAUGAUUCCAGUCUUCUGUGUGGUGGAGCAGGUGGAGGGCGGCGGGGUGGUGCAUGAGGUGGAGGGCCGAGAGGAGCACGCUGAGUUCGUGCUGGUGAGGAAGGACAUCCUCUUCACCCAGCUGGUGGAGACGGCCCUACUGGCGCUGGGAUACUCACACAGCUCUGCCGCUCAGGCCCAAGGCAUUAUAAAGGUGGGCCGCUGGAACCCCCUCCCCAUCCACUUCUUGACAGACGCCCCUGAGGCCACCGUGGCCGACAUGCUGCUGGACGUCUACCACAUGGUCACCCUGCGCAUCCAGCUCCAGAGCUAUGCCAAGCUGGAGGACCUGCCGUCGGAGCAGUGGAAUCACGCCACGGUGAGGAACGCCCUGAAGGAGCUGCUGAAGGAGAUGAACCAGAGCACGCUGGCCAAGGAGUGCCCUCUGUCACAGAGUAUGAUUUCCUCCAUUGUGAAUAGUUCGUAUUAUGCCAACGUCUCCACUGCAAAGUGUCAAGAGUUUGGCCGUUGGUACAAGAAAUACAAGAAGAUCAAAGCAGGAGAUUACCUGGAGAAGAUUUGGCCCGGAAGAGAGAACACUGAAAUCAAAGUGGAGCGCGACAGCCUGGCUGAUUUCUGCGUCCUGGGCCGGGGCCUUCCUCCUCACCUGGCCAGCCUGGCGCAGCUCGGACCCCUGGGUGGCAACGGUGGCGGCGGGGGCCUGUUGAAAGGGGGCUCCGGCGACCCCCAGAACUUGUCCCAGCCGCCCUCUCAACAGCAGCAGCAGCAGCAGCCUCAGCAGCCGUCCCCCCACGGCCAGCUCCACCACAGCCCCCCGCUGCGUGCCCAGGUGCCUCAGCCGCCCCCACCCUCCGCCCUGCAACCCCUGCUGGGCCCCGGUGGGCUGCUCUCGCCCCAGCUCAGCCCGCAGUUGGUGCGGCAGCAGCUGGCCAUGGCCCACCUCAUCAACCAGCAGCUGGCUGUCAGCCGCCUGCUGGCCCACCAGCACCCGCAGGCGAUCAACCAGCAGUUCCUCAACCACCCGCCGCUGCCGCGACCCCCCAAGUCCGGUGGCCCCGGCGACCCAUCGAACCCGUCUGCCUCCGAGGUGUCCGCCGACAUCUACCAGCGGGUCAGGGACGAGCUGAAGAGGGCCAGCGUGUCACAGGCCGUGUUUGCCCGAGUGGCCUUCAAUCGCACACAGGGCUUGCUGUCAGAGAUCUUAAGGAAAGAAGAGGACCCCCGCUCUGCCUCCCAGUCCCUCCUAGUCAACCUGAAGGCCAUGCAGAAUUUCCUCAACCUGCUCGAAGGCGAGCGCGACCGCAUUUACCAGGAGGAGCGCGAGCGCACCAUGAACCCGCCCGUCGGCCUGCCCCCCACCCCAAACACAGGUCCCGGGGGACCUCGCCUCUCACAGAAAGUAUGGGAACGAGGCAUAGAUGAACAGCUAACCCCUGAUGCCUGGGCGUCCAUCUGGAAGAACAAGAACAAAAUCUCAAACUCGCCCAAGCCCUUGGGUCCGAGCUCUGAGCUGCCCAUGAAGCUGGAGUCUUUGGUGGACAUCACUUCUGCCAUCUAUGAUGAGAUUCAACAGGAGAUGAAGAGAGCUAAGGUGUCCCAGGCUCUGUUUGCUAAGGUGGCUGCCAAUAAGAGCCAGGGCUGGCUGUGUGAGCUGCUGCGCUGGAAGGAGAGCCCCACCCCUGAGAACCGAACGCUGUGGGAGAACCUGUGCACCAUCCGCCGCUUCCUGGCGCUGCCGCAGGCCGACAGGGACCUGGUCUACGAGGAAGAGUCGCGCCACCACCACAGCGAGAGGCUGCACACCGUGCUGCACCUGCCCGCCGACACACAGUUCUUCUUCCCCCGUCAGGCUCUGCACAGACACGCACCCCAGCCCCUGAAGGACCACUCCCCCAUGCAUGAGGAGCCCCUGCCCAACUCCGGAGGGGAGGAAGGACAGCAGAGCAGCGGCGGCGUGGGGGCCUCGGGAGCAGCCUGUCCUGGAGGGGCGGCCAGCAACGCCAAGAAGCCGCGCUCGCGCACGAAGAUCUCCCUAGAGGCGCUGGGCAUCCUGCAGAGCUUCAUCCAGGAUGUGGGCCUGUACCCGGACCAGGAGGCCAUCCACACUCUGUCAGCCCAGCUGGACCUGCCCAAGCACACCAUCAUCAAGUUCUUUCAGAACCAGCGCUACCACGUCAAGCACCACGGCCGGCUGAAGGAGCUGGGCGGCGAGGGCAGCGGCGUAGACGUGUCCGAGUACCGCGACGAGGAGCUGCUCUCCGGCUCCGAGGACGCAGAGUCCAGCGAGGACGGCCACGAGGAGAUCUACGGUGGCCCGGAAGGCGCUGGGGCGGGAGGGGGAUCUGGAGCUGCAUCUGCAGCAGCAGCAGCAGCAGCGAGGGGUUCCUCCUCCACCUCCAGCCCCACCCCCAGCAGCGGCGGGCUAGAGGAAGGCAAGGACAAGACCCACUCACUGGGCUCAGCCAGGCCCAGCUCCCUGCCCCCCAGCAGCUCGUCCCCCAGCCCACGUGAGCAGGCCGAGUACCAGAGAUAAAACAACCAACAGUUAGCCCGGUGGAGGGGAGGGUGGGGGGCAUCAGGCAGGGAGGGGAGGGAGAGGUGGUCACACACUAAACUGUCCAAAGGAUAAGGCUAGCAGUGGUCUGCUCUGAACUCUGAACUGAACUGAACUGACUGAAAGAUGCCAUAGGGGAUUGAUUGCCAGUAUACAUGGACAGGCAGCCACAGACAUAAAGAGACUAAUAUAGGUUACUAAAUCACUGCAUUCUGUUGAGGGCUGACAAAGAGAAAUCAGUACCAAAGGACAGUAGAUCAAAUUGUGAACAGACAGGCGUGUGUCUGUGUGUUGAGAAUCCUUUGUCAUUUCACUGUAGUGAUCAUGAGUUUACUGAUUUGCUGUUGAUGCAGCACAACUGCAAAAUCACCCAAACAAAUAUGUUUUUAGAUACUAUUAUUCAAAAAAGACAUUUUCCUGGUUUCCAAGACUUCACCUUCUCCUACAAGACAACACAUCCAUGUCAAUCUUUCCCUUUGCUAUCAACACUAAAUAGACUCUUUCAAUGACAAAUACCAGUACAAUUAUGCCCAGCACACUGCGUUGGGCAUGUGCAGAACUGAAAGACAGACCCCUUCAUGUUGAGUCAAAAUGCCCCUUCCACCUCAACAGCAAGAGGCACAAUGGAGCUUCGGACCGCCCCAAGGACAGACGAGCCUGUGCUCCUGACCCAUCAAGCAGCUCUGUAGGCGGCUGUGGUUUGCCUCUCUCCUCUCCGUGACAAGGCAUUCCUGGUGUCUGGUGGAGGGGGGUGCGGGGUUGGGUUUGUGGGGGGUGGCUGUGUGAGACUGUUUAAGAGGAGGGUGGAGACUGGAGGUGGUGUAGAGAGAGGGCUGUGGGGUGUAUACAACAGCCCAGCCCAUCAAUCCAAUUAUAAACAUGUGUGGUCUACGCCGAGCCCGACAACCACUUUGAAGAGAGAGGCA